ACAUCAAGGUUUCCCAGCCAUGACUAACCCUUUUUCCCGGAUUGUGAAGCCGCUGGAUGCCAGCCAGCCUGAGAAGAAAUUCUUUAGUUUGAACCAUUUGGACGACCCGAGAUAUGAACGCUUGCCAUUUUCUAUCAGAGUCUUGCUGGAGGCCGCAGUCCGCAACUGUGACGGGUUUCUCGUGAAAAAGGAUGAUGUUGAAAACAUUUUGAAUUGGAAUGCCAUGCAGCACAAAGCCAUUGAAGUGCCCUUUAAGCCCUCCCGGGUUAUCCUGCAAGAUUUCACAGGUGUCCCUGCAGUGGUUGAUUUUGCUGCUAUGCGUGAUGCUGUGAAGAUACUAGGUGGAGAUCCAGAGAAAAUCAACCCUAUCUGUCCCGCUGAUUUAGUCAUUGACCAUUCCAUCCAGGUUGAUUUCAACAGGAGGCCAGACAGUUUACAGAAGAAUCAAGAUCUGGAGUUUGAAAGGAACAAAGAAAGAUUUGAGUUCUUAAAGUGGGGAUCCCAAGCCUUCCAGAACAUGAGGAUUAUUCCCCCAGGCUCUGGGAUUGUCCAUCAAGUGAACUUAGAGUACUUGGCCAGAGUGGUCUUUGAUCAGAAGGGAUAUUACUAUCCGGACAGUGUAGUGGGCACUGAUUCCCAUACCACCAUGAUUAAUGGCUUGGGAGUGCUCGGCUGGGGGGUUGGUGGCAUAGAAGCAGAAGCAGUGAUGCUGGGCCAGCCAAUCAGCAUGGUGCUUCCUGAAGUGAUUGGCUACAAAUUGACAGGAAAUCCUCAACCGCUUGUCACAUCCACAGACAUUGUGCUCACCGUUACCAAGAAUCUACGCCAGGUGGGGGUUGUGGGUAAAUUUGUCGAAUUCUUUGGGCCUGGGGUCACUCACUUGUCCAUUGCCGAUCGAGCCACCAUUUCCAACAUGUGCCCAGAGUAUGGAGCAACUGCAGCCUUCUUCCCUGUUGAUGAAGUUAGCAUCCAGUACCUGGUUCAGACAGGCCGCGAUGAAGAAAAGAUUAAGUAUAUAAGAAAAUACCUUCAGGCUGCAGGAAUGUUUAGAGAUUUUAGUAAUACAUCACAGGACCCAGAUUUUACCCAGAUUGUGGAGUUGGAUUUGCAGACCGUCAUGCCUUGCUGCAGCGGCCCAAAGAGGCCCCAGGACAAAGUGGAGGUCUCUGAGAUGAAGAAGGAUUUUGAGACCUGCUUAGGAGCCAAGCAAGGUUUUAAAGGCUUCCAAAUUGCCCCCGAGCAUCACAGCAACCGUGUGAAAUUUGUUUACAAUGACAAGGAGUUUGAACUGGCGCAUGGAUCAGUUGUGAUUGCUGCCAUUACCAGCUGUACCAACACUAGUAAUCCAUCUGUAAUGCUAGGCGCAGGAUUGCUUGCAAAAAAAGCUGUGGAGGCUGGCCUGACUGUGAAGCCAUACGUUAAAACUAGCCUUUCUCCCGGAAGUGGGGUGGUCACUUACUAUCUGAGAGAAAGCGGAGUGAUGCCUUACCUUGCUCAACUAGGGUUUGAUGUGGUGGGUUAUGGAUGCAUGACCUGCAUUGGCAACAGUGGACCUCUGCCAGAAUCUGUUGUUGAAGCCAUUACUCAGGGAGAUCUUGUAGCUGUGGGUAUACUGUCUGGAAACAGGAACUUUGAAGGCCGGGUCCAUCCAAAUACUCGUGCCAACUACCUGGCCUCACCACCUUUGGUAAUAGCCUAUGCCAUUGCAGGGACUAUAAGAAUUGACUUUGAGAAGGAACCCCUAGGUGUCAAUGCAGAAGGGAAGAAGGUCUUUCUAAAAGACAUUUGGCCCUUGAGAGAGGAGAUCCAAGCUGUAGAGCGCCAGUAUGUCAUUCCAGGGAUGUUUAAAGAAGUCUACCAGAAAAUAGAGACAGUAAAUAAGUCAUGGAAUGCUUUGGAGGUUCCAUCAGACACCCUGUAUGCUUGGAAUCCAAAAUCCACAUAUAUUAAAUCUCCUCCAUUUUUUGAAAAGCUGACUUUGGAGCUUCAGUCUCCUGAAUCUGUAGUUGAUGCCUACGUCCUCCUAAAUCUUGGAGAUUCUGUGACCACAGAUCACAUAUCUCCAGCAGGGAAUAUAGCAAGGAACAGUCCAGCUGCCCGUUACUUAACCAACAGAGGAUUAACCCCUAGAGAGUUCAAUUCAUAUGGUUCACGACGGGGCAAUGAUGCUGUUAUGGCAAGAGGAACAUUUGCAAACAUACGUCUCUUGAACAAAUUUCUCAGCAAACAGGCACCCCAAACCAUACAUUUCCCUUCAGGAGAAACUCUCGAUGUGUUUGAUGCUUCAGAAAGGUACCAACAAGCAGGCCACUCACUCAUCGUGCUGGCUGGGAAGGAAUACGGUUCCGGAAGCUCCCGGGACUGGGCAGCAAAGGGGCCUUUUCUGCUGGGCAUCAAAGCAGUCCUUGCAGAGAGUUAUGAGCGUAUUCAUCGCAGUAAUCUGGUAGGAAUGGGAGUGAUUCCACUGCAGUAUUUGCCGGGCGAGGAUGCCGAGAGUCUAGGGCUGACGGGUUGGGAACGUUACACGAUCAUCAUUCCUGAAGAGCUGGUGCCUAGAAUGAAUGUACAAAUCAAACUAGAUACAGGGAAAACCUUCCAAGCGGUCAUGAGGUUUGACACCGACGUGGAACUCACUUAUUUUCAGAAUGGAGGCAUCUUGAACUAUAUGAUUCGCAAAAUGGCAUCCUAGUCCCAUCUGCGACUGAGCCAGUGUCCAAUUAUGAUGAAAC